UUCAAAGGUAACCAGAGCAACAACAGACUAAUGCAGCGGCUCACAUUUGUUUUGAGCGAAUGUUGUGCAUUAUGAAAUGUAGCUAAAGCUGAGGAGAGUUAUGCUAUUGAAAUGGUUCUUCUUGUGUAAAAACAUGCGCUUCAACUGCCUGCUUCCAAAAUGAAGAUGCGGUUCUAGAGAAAGCUACAGAUAUACGGUGUAUUUCUUGCAGCUAGCUAUGACUUAUUUCAUGUCCUCCCCACUGGUCUACAAGGGCAGGUUAUAUCUGUAUCAUACUAUUACAUCGAGUACAGCUAGAUUCAUCAAACUCAAACAUCAACAGCAAAGAACAUUAUUCCUCGCUCCAAGGCAAAGGGAUGUCCACGGUCUACGUCCAAGCCAAGACAGGACAGUCUGGUGGCCUGGGUUUCGAGGACUGUUCUGUAGAGGAGGAGUGGAGGACUCCAAGCAGCAGACGCUAGAGGACCUCACUAAGAACAUCAGAGGCGGACAGUACAAGAGGAUCAUAGUGAUGGCAGGGGCUGGGAUCAGCACACCUAGUGGUAUCCCAGACUUCAGGUCCCCUGGCAGUGGUCUCUAUGACAACCUCCAGCAGUAUAAUCUUCCUUACGCAGAAGCCAUCUUCGAGAUCAACUACUUCCAUCACAACCCCAAUCCUUUCUUUGCCCUGGCCAAAGAGCUGUACCCAGGCAACUACCAACCCAACCUCACACACUAUUUCAUACGUCUCCUUCAUGACAAGGGCCAGCUCCUCAGAAUGUACACGCAGAAUAUCGACGGCCUGGAGAGACUGGCAGGAAUCCCCCCUGAGAAACUGGUGGAGGCACAUGGCUCGUUUGCUACUGCUACCUGUACUGUGUGUCUCAGAGUCUACAAGGGGGAGGAGCUACGUCCUGACAUUAUGAAGGGGACAGUCCCUAAAUGUCCCACUUGUAAGGGUGUGGUGAAGCCUGACAUUGUCUUCUUUGGGGAGGAACUACCUCCUCACUACUUCAGCUACCUGAAGGACUUUCCCCUGGCAGACCUCCUCAUUAUCAUGGGUACCUCUCUGGAGGUGGAGCCCUUUGCCAGUCUGGCCGGAGCUGUGAGGGACUCUGUCCCUCGCCUACUUAUCAACAGAGACCUGGUGGGGCCCUUCGCUUGGGGGACCCCGCGACACAAUGAUGUGGCCCAGCUAGGGGAUGUGGUCGGUGGGGUGCAGAUGCUGGCUGAUGUCCUGGGCUGGAACCACCAGCUGGAGGCUCUCAUGGCUGCCAAUGCUAAGAAGGCUACAGAGGAGGAGGAAUGAGACGGGUCAGUGUCUUUAAGAUAGCAUUCAGAAUGCCUCACCGCUGCAGUUCACCUCAGUCCACCUGCCUCAUAGCUCAGGACUACAGCAGACUGUCUACUCAGCAGAGAACCUAUAAUUGAAUGAACUCUCUUCAACAGACUUUGAUCCACACAACGGCCAAUCAGCACAACACAGAGGCAACAAUGGAGGAAGAUAUUUAGGACAAAUUGGCAAUGUAUUGGGUUGGUUUAAUAGAUUAUAGUUAUUAGUUUUCUGUGAAAUGUGUAAAUAUCUUGAGAUAUUCUUUUAUGCUUUUUUAAAAUUCUGUCUCAUGUACAAUUUUUGCAGUAAAUAAUUAGCAUAAAGACCCGUACAGGGCUGGUUUUGUUGUCAAUGUCAUCGACCAGACCUGUUGACCAUGAUGUUGCUAAUGAUCUUGGCACUUUGAAACCAAAUCAGCUCCUCUGUUUUGUCAGUCACAAGAGAUUACGCUGCUGAUAAAGCUGAGCAACAAUUGGAACUCUUAGCAUGAAGGGUGUGUGUGUGUGUGUGUAUAUACAAGUAUCUAUAUGUAUAUGUAUGUAUGUAUGUAUGUAUGUAUGUAUGUAUGUAUGUAUGUAUGUAUGUAUGUAUGUAUGUAUGUGUAUAUAUGUAUGUAUGUAUAUAUGUGUGUGUCCAUGUGACCACCAGAUGGAGCUAAAGUAUAGUAUUGUGAACUCCGUUCAGCCCUCUUGAACUCAAAUAGGUCAUUGAUUCAUUAAAUGGAAUUCAAUCAAUGCAGUUCUACUUUGUUUAAGGUCAAAUCCAUUGACCUGUGAACUUCCUAAUGGACAAUGCUGCUGAAAGCCACAGGAUGAGGACAAUGGUAGAUCUUCCAGGGCUAUGGCUACCCCCCCUCCUCUCCUCCCAACGUGCAUACACACACACUAGAUGAUGGUAAUACUAUGGGACCCUUUGAAAUGCCCUUCCACAGCUUCCACCCUGCUACACAGCCUUGACUACCUGUCACACCCCAUCCUAAUGUUAAAUAACACCAUUCAUAAUUUAA